GUUCUGCCCGUUAGAUAGGGCGAAAUAAACACGGAGGGUUUGAUAUGUUUUCCAAACCCUUUUUCCUCUGAUGCUUUGUUCCAGCCACUCAAUAAAAACACUUUGUUGCAAGGAGGCGGAGGGUCGCUAUAUCGUGGGCUCCAGGUCCCCGAAGGGAGGAAACGCAGGGGCCCAAACCCAGCUGGAGCUGCAGGGGGAUAAGUGGUUGGUACGCAGGGCAGUGUGCCAGGGUCCUGGUCUGAGAGUGGAAGAAUUUGGGUGGAAUCUCACGAGACAGGGUCAGGCAAGAGGGUGAUCCGUGGAGAGGGGCCCUCAGGGAGACCAAAUCAGGGACAGAGGUGCUGCUUGUCUUGUACUCGUGAGGCUCUCAUUGGUUCCCGUUGACGUUCAACAUCUCAUUCCAAACGGGACGGCCUCUUGGCCUUCUCAGAGGAGAAAUGAAGUCCCCGCUCGGCUAUCGCUGACGGGGCAAAGGUUCAGUGCCAGAGUGAAGUCCAGGGUUUAGGACGCCCAGCUCUGGAGUUUUAUGCUCUCCUGUUUCAGAACUGGUCUCUAGCUGACUGCGCGCUGCAGGCGGUUAAGUAGCACCAGCCUUCGCCUGUCCUUUCCUGCUGCGCGCCCGAGCCCAGCAUAUCAGCAGGCGUGAAGGCUGGGAGACGGUCCCGCUAUGAUCCAGGCAGAUUGGAGGCUGCUCCUGCCUGAGGGCGAGGUCGAUCCUCGCGCCGUGGUAGCCCUGCUCUGCGCCUCAGCCGCUGCGGUGCUGGCGCUGAGAUGGGUGGCGCAGAGACGGAUCCAGGAGAAGAUGGAACAGGCAAGGAGGACGCGGGAUCUCAGUCUAGAACGAAUGGAGAAGGUGGUUUGGCGGUUUAAACAGCAGAACCCAGGGAUACAGGCCAGUCACAUCCUCUCCCUGUCGCUCGUGGAGCUGGCUGAAAAACUGAAGGAAAGUUCCCUGUCUCCAGAGAGCGUCCUCUACACGUACAUGGACAAGGCCUUGGAGGUGACCCGGGAGGUGAACUGCCUGAGACAUUUUAUUCCGGAGUGUGAGGAGCAGCUACAGGAAGUGCGAAGGCAGAAGGAGAGAGGGUUAUUGUAUGGCGUUCCUGUCAGCAUCAAGGAUCACAUUGGCUAUAAGGGCCACCUCUCCACCUGCGGCUUUGUGCAACUCCUCAGCAGGCUGGAGCAAGAGGACAGCGUGAUGGUCAAGGUCUUGAAGAGACAGGGGGCCAUUCCGUUUGUACUAACCAAUGUCCCACAGUCCUUAUUCAACUACGACUGCAGCAACUCGAUCUUCGGCCAGACGGUGAAUCCGCUGAACCACCAGAAAAGCCCCGGCGGCUCCUCCGGAGGGGAGGGGGCGCUGAUCGCCGGAGGAGGGUCCGUCCUGGGCUUUGGGACGGAUAUAGGUGGGAGCAUCCGCCUGCCGUCCAGCUUCUGCGGGCUGUGCGGGCUCAAGCCGACGGGCAACAGGCUGAGUCUCUCUGGAAUUAGCGGCCCUAUUGAUGGGAUCCUAUCAGUUACAGGAGCGGUAGGACCAAUGGCGAGGGACGUGGACAGCCUAGCUCUGUGCAUGAGAGCGCUCCUGUGUGACGACAUGUUCCGCCUGGACCCCACCGUGCCGCCCCUGGCCUUCAACGAGGAGGUGUACUCCAGCUCUGCCCCUCUUCGGAUCGGGUACUACGACACAGACGGCUAUUUCCUGCUACCUCCCUGCAUGAGACGGGCUGUGCAUGAAACCAAGGAGAUUCUCCAGAAAGCUGGACACACACUGGUGCCCUUUGCUCCUCCUCGGCCUGACUACGUCAUGAAUGAGCUUUUUGUGAAAGGUCUUUUUGCUGAUGGAGGCUCCACUUUACUGGGCAUGUUUGCAGGGGACGUUGUGGAUCCAGGCUUGGAACCCCAGGUGAAUUGUUACAGGAUUCCAACACUGGUGAAAAAAAUGCUGGCUCUUACGGUUCGACCUCUGUUUCCGCGCCUGGCGGGUUAUUUGGCUGCGCUGUGUGGAGUGAGGUCCAAGAAACUUCUGUGGAAGCAGCACGCCCAAGUGAUGGCUUACCGCAUGGAGUUCAUCGCCGCAUGGAGGAAACUCAAGCUGGAUGUCGUGCUGUGUCCGGUUCUAGGUCCUGCCUUCACGGUCGGCUAUCCUGGGAAGUUAUUCGCUGCUGUUUCCUCUACCAUGUUGUACAACGUCUUAAACUUCCCCGCGGGGGUUGUGCCGGUCACCACCGUUACGGAGGCUGAUGAGGAAGAUCUGAAGCAUUACACAGGGCACUACGGUGACCCCUGGGAUAGGACACUGAGGCAGGCUGUGGAAGGAGCCAUGGGGCUGCCUGUCGCCGUUCAGUGCGUGGCUCUGCCGUGGCAGGAGGAGCUGUGUCUGCGGUUCAUGAAGGAAGUGGAGACGCUCGCCCGAGGGAGGAAGAGGAGAAAAGUGUGACCUCUCAGGGGGUCGCUCGGUAAAAUACACCCGGCGCAUCUGACACAAGGGAAGCUGUGUGGUCCCUUUAAGAAAAAGGGACGGGACAAUGUUUCAGGGCUUGAGGCAGACUUAAGAUCAGACUUCAGCCCCGGGAAAGUUUUCAGUCUGAUCCAGGAGGUUAUGUGAUUGCAGUGAAGCCAAAAGAGAAGAGAAAAUGCUUUUAAAGGAGCCACAACCAUCUGAUUGGUGUCAGAGCCAGAGUCCUCAAAAAGAAAACGGGGACAAGAGACAGCAUGAGGUCUUUUCCUGUCUUUAAAGUGAAGCUCUGCUCCCAAAAUGGGACUGUAGCUCCUUUUUACUGGUCAUCACUGAACUAGGAAUCACAAGAUCUGGGCUUUGUUCCCAGCUCUUCCAGUGUCUUGCUGGGUGAACUUGGGCAAGUCACUUCAUCUCCGUGACUUGGUUUCCCUAUAUGUAAAAUAGUGAGGCAGGGAUGGGGGGGAGCAGAAUUGAUGUGGGGUCUCUGGAAGGAGAACUGAUGUUGGGGCGGUGGGUGAGAACUGGCAUCUUGGAAAACUGAUGAUGAGGCUUGGAGGGGGCAGAACGUAUGUGAGGACAGAACAUUGUUUUGGAGGAUUGAGCAUGAUCAGGGGCAUAGACCAUUCUUGUAUGUGGGGGCGAGAGUUAAAAAUAAAAAAUAAUCAAAUGAAAAAUUGUAGACGGUUCAGAGAAGAGCCACGAGAAUGAUUAAAGGGUUAAUAGUGAUAGACAAAAGGAGCUCAAUCUAUUCCUCUUAACAAAGAAGGCU